UGAUAAAAAACCAGUCAUUUCUAAUAAUCUGUUUACUCUGUGACACAAAAGCUAUGGCAGACCCAAGUGAAGGAUUUGAAACAAAGGAGAGGAUCCGUCGACCAGACACCACAUUCCUUUGGAGUGGCCAAUUGAACGCAGAAGUCGCAGCAAAAGAGGCCUCUGCACUUUCUCCCGACACCAUUGAAGCCACCUGCAAAACUCCCACCGACUGGGAACCAGUCGACGACAUUAAACAACACAAAGGGAAAAAUGAGAGAAAGAAAGAGAAAAAUGAGAAAGUGCCCAAGAAUGAUGAAGAUGUCGAUCAAUCGACCAAAGUUGGAUGCGUCGAAAAACUGAAGGAUUUGAUAACAGGGCCCAAGCCAAGAGAAGAGAAUGAAACCGACAGUUCUGUCACUUAUAUUCAGAGAGGGAUUCACAGGGGACCUGUUGCAUCCCCGAGCCUGGGUGCACCGGCUCUGGCCGGUCUACCAGUGGGAACGUAUGAUGUUCAUCGACAUGUCGAAAAUAAAUUGGUAGCUCGGCCUAAAACAGAGAGCUCUGUCCAUGGCGGAUUUGGAUCUGGUCAGAAUCCAAGUGGGUCUCCUAAGAAAGAAGGGGUUGUUUCUAAGGUUAUGCACAAGCUUCAUCUUGGGGCUUAGAGAUAUUGGAGCUGGCUUUGAGGGAUUUCUGUAAAGAGGAAAACUUGUGGGACAUGAAAAUUGGGAAACAUGUUUUUGGAGGUCGGUCUAUUUUGUGCAGGUUUUGAUUUCAUGUAUGUUGUUGGGGAAUACUGUGUUUUUUUUUUGAUGAUUCAGUCGUCUUGUUGGGAUUUUUAUGUUUUGUGGUCUCUCAGAAUGAAUAUGAGAGGUUGUGAUUAUACUUAAUCGAUAUGUGUUGAACAUGA